AGUUUUUUCAAUUCGACUAUGGCCUUGACACUUACUCACACUAAUUUUUUGUCUUUUCGAUCCUAUACAACACUGAAUGGUGACUUUAAAUACACUUACAAUUUUCAUUGUGUGUCAAAGUAAAAAAAAAACGGAUUGAUAAAAUGUACAUUUCUCUAAAAGCGUGAAAAAGAGUCCCCCAAGUAUCCCGUGCCCGUACAAGAACUCUCAAGCCAAUACGAAACAAACACUAACAAUGGCAAGUCCAAACUCUCUCAUUGACAUACAUUUAUCAUUCUUUUAAUGCAGACCCCUCCGCCCGGAGGCCGCGCCCCGUCGUGAUGUGGGAAGCUCAAAAAGAUCGAAUCGUGUCCAGCCUGCGGUGUAUCCGCCACCCGGACGCCUUGGCCGGUACACUAAUAAGAUACAUUUUUGAAAAAUAUACAUUCUGGAUCCGGUAUUCACACGUCGCUAUGCUGUGGACUUCUUGAAUCCCGUAGAUACAGUAGAUACGAACGCCACGAUGUACCAUAUGUAUGUACAUUGAAAAACCAAUGGACCUAAAUACUAUCAGACGUCGCGUCAACAAUGAUUUUUACUGCUCGGUCCAUGAAGCACUGGCAGACUUCCAACUUAUAAUUGAGAAUUGUUACAAGUUCAAUCGACAGGGGGAUCUAGUGUACCAUCGCGGCGAGUUGAGGAAAAAGUUUCUCAAGGGCAAGGUGAAGAUCAUGCCCACUGGCCCGGAGGUGCCGUCGAAAAACAAACCACAAACGGAGCUCUCCAGAUUGGGCACCGCCCGUUAACCCAUCCCCAGCUCGGCCGUGUCGCACUUUGUGGUCGCCACUGAAUUAAAACAGCUGAGGUCCUGGAUGUCGCAGUCAAAGGCCCAGUCCACAUGCGUCCAACAACCAACAAGUAUAAAGCUCCGGACCAGGAGAAAAUUAUGACGAAGAAUGAGAGUUAAUGCCAGUACCUCGAGCAAGCGUUCAACAAGAUUAUUGAGGCAAAAAAAUUUGGAGAAGUCCAACAUACUCUUAUGGCGCUGGACGGUCUGAGCGCCAUCGAGUGCCAAGCCCUCAAAUGCCACAAUCUUAUAAAGCUCGCCAACAAAGAGCUGGUCAUCGUAAAGGACAAGACGGCCCUCAUCUAUGCAGAUCUAAGUCCAGAGGUCAAAGAGAAGGCCAAGAAGAAAGAUGCCGGUUCUUCAAAAAAGCAGCAAGAAUCCUCAGGGAGCGUUCCGUUCAAGAUGCAAUCUUACGACAAUGAUACCCCACGGGUGCAGACCAACGUCUCGAGCCCAUUCAAAUUGCAGGUCACCUGCACCGGCCUGUCCCAGGAUGCCCAGGAUGCAGGCCACUGAUAACGGUUUUCCUAAGACGCAAGCCAACUGUUCACCCAAGCAGCGGGCCCCUCUGAACAGGCUCCCGAAAAAGCAGGCCUCCGGGAAGGGUCCGCAAAGGCAAAAGCUUCCAACGAAAGAGGAGCGAUAGCAGUACAGAUUCGACCUGCGAUUCGAAUCGUAACAUAAGCUCAAAAAGAAGCGCCGCAUGUCCGGGGAUCAGAUUGACGAGCUGGUGGUACAGGUGGAAAGACUCUCAGAUAGCAGUGAGUCCUCGUUCGGUUCGCCGAAACGCAAGCACCGCUGCAAUCCAGCUGUGCUAGCAUCACAAAAGCGAUUCGAAGGCAGCAGCAGGAGCAGGAGAAGGAGCAGAAACCCCAGGUGGCUCAUGAAAUCCAUUGUCGACAAUCGAGCGGGUACAGGCCGCAAAUAAGCAACUCCAUGAGUCGAUAGCCGAAGGUUUACGUAAAAAGCGAGAGGAUGUUAUGGAGCGGUUGCAGCCACAGCAGCAGCUGAAGCAGCAGCGGAUGCAGUAUCGCCUUAUAGCCCCUCAACAUUUUUGGUCGAAUGGCAAAAAAGACCUUGGAAGAAUCAUAUAACGCAAGGGAGCCGUGGAAAAAAUGGUGUCCAAGUGUUUUGAGGAGUUCAUAACAAAGAUGGAGCGACUUUCGUCGGAGAUGCAGCUUCAGGAAAAGAUGCUGAACAAAAUGUUUCGUGAUAUCAAUGCCAAAAUCAUCGAACAGAACGACCAGCUCAAGUUCGUCAUAUCGACCCAUAUGCUAAUCGACAACCAAACUGUGCACUCUCGAGCCCUCAACCAAUCCAGACUCUAGGCUAGUUCCUUGCAUUGGAAUUAGCCUAAAUGUACGUGUAGCUAUUACAUUAUUAUUCGAAUUUUACUAUGUACUAUGGAAUAA